ACAGUUUUUCCGCUGCAAGCUUCUCGCACUGACCCAGCUAUUUGGUAUCAGAUCCUAUAUCUUUCACCGUUGAGUAUAACGACAAGUUGCCUAUUCUAAUCUUGAAUCUUUAACGCUCAUGUCUAUACCCCGCAAACAAAGAGUCAUUGAUUCACACAGUCAUUUAUUCACCAACAACAAUCUCGAGAACCUUACUUGGAUGACCACCGGUACUGGCAAUCCUCUCGAGCGCAAUAAUAACUUGGACGAAUACCUCUUCUUCAAUGUCUUUAAACAGGGACCUUCCUUAACUUCCACAGAGGCCAUCGAGCCGGAUAUCCAGGGUCUUGUAUUUCUCGAAACUGAUAUCAAAAAUGAGUUAGGAAUGGGCUACAAGGGCUGGAAGAGGCCGAUAGACGAGUACUCCUACAUCUUACGGAUCAUCCAUGGACAGGAGCUUCCAGAGGAGUUGGUUCUGCCGUUCAAAGUAACACCGUCCAAAGACUAUGUUCGUUUGAAGCAGAGCUUCGUGAAGGGUGUCAUGCCGUGGGCUCCCAUUCCGGAAGGUGCUGCCAAGAUCGCUGAGUACGUUACAUAUGUCACUGCUGAGGCCGAAAAAUACGGAGACAGCCACUUGAAGGGGUUCCGUUACUUGUUACAAGACAAGCCAAAGCAAACAAUGACGCAGCCAGGGUUUGUAGAAUCACUUAAAUGGCUUGGAGAACACAAUUACGUGUUUGACGUGGGCAUCGACCUUCGUUCAGCCGGAAUGUGGCAGUUUCAAGAGUUUGAAAGUAUCUUGGGAGACUUGAAAGCCACUCCAAGCCCUGUCAGAUUGGUUAUCAACCAUUUGACAAAGGCCAAUUAUACGAUCCCGGCAAAGGAAGUAGAGGCACAUUCGGAGUUUCAGCAAUGGGGCAAGUACAUGACCCUGAUUGCGAAGUACGAGAAUUCAUAUAUGAAGUUUUCUGGCGGUUUUGCGGAACUUCCAAGCGAACUAUACUACAACGGAAAUCAGCCUCAGACCAACGAACGGUUAGUCCAUAUUUGUGAGCAAAUUUUCCCCUGGUUUAAGCAUCUUUUGGAGUUGUAUGGGGUAGAUAGACUUAUCUGGGGUAGCGACUGGCCAGUUGCAACGAUCUGUGGGGGCAGAAGUGCCGCCUUGGAGUGGUUUCAGAUCACAGAGAUGCUUCUUGACAUGGCAGAAGUUGGACGGGAGGAUAGAGAUAAGAUCUACUAUUCAAACACCAUGAAAGCGUACAACAUUGAGGGUUGAGUACUUUAAUCUACUUUAUGCCCGCAUUUACUAUCGUUAAAAAAACGUACAUUUUUAUACCCAAGGAAAUACCUAGGGUGAGUAACUAUGAGAUUUCUUAAAAGCAUUUAUCAGAAUCAACCGGU